AUGAUCAAUACAAAUGAUAUACAAACAACAAACAAUGGAGUUGUAAUUCUAAACUUUGAAGACUUGAUUAAAAAGAAGGACUUGGGCGCAUCGAUUGAGAAAGCCUUUGGUUAUCAUGGUAUUGGUUUGUUGGUUGUAAAGGGCAUUCCAAAGCUGCCAGAGUUGCGCGAUGGUCUGCUUAAAUUGGCACCAGAAUACUCUUCAUUGCCAGAUUCAAUCAAAGAGAAGACCAUACACAAGGAGAGCAACUUUUCAUUUGGCUGGAGCCAUGGCAAGGAGAUUCUCAAGCCUGGUGUAUUCGAUGAGUACAAGGGAUCCUACUACAACAACCCACAGUAUGACACUCCAUUCGAGGAUGAGAAGAUGAUCCAAGAGUUCCCCGAGUCGUGCCAUCCAAACAUCUGGCCCGUAGAGGACUUCCCACAACUUAGAGGUGCAUUCAUGGAGCUUGGCCAACUAAUCGUCAGCGUUGGUGCUUUGGUCGCUGAACAAUGUGAUAAGUUUGCCACCAAGAACGUAAAUGGAUUCAAAGAUGGAACUUUAAAGAAGAUUAUUGAUGAGUCAAAGACAUGCAAGGCUAGACUCUUGUAUUACUUCCCAAUCAAUGAGGAUCAGACUGCUAGAAGCAAGGACUCGUGGUGCGGAUGGCACAACGACCACUCCAGUCUGACAGGACUGUGUCCAGCGAUGUACUUCCGAAUGAAUAGUGAUAAGAUCGCCGACUCUGACAUCCCCUGCCCAGAUGUCAAUGCCGGUCUCUACGCCAGGACACGUGAUGGCGAGGAGGUCAAGGUCAUCAUACCAAAGGACUGCGUGGCCUACCAGAUUGGAGAGUGCUCGCAGGUGCAGACGGGCGGUCUGCUACGCGCCACUCCACACGCGGUCCAGGCCAUCAAGUAUCCAGAGAGCCAGAACAUUGGACGUUCAACAUUCGCCGUCUUUAUGCAGCCAGAUGUCGAUGUCAUCCUCAACACACCAUCCGAGACUGACAACUGUGCCGUUGGUCAAUAUCAGCCUGGCAUGACCUUUGCCGAAUUCAGCAAAGCCACGAUCGAUAACUAUUACUCUGACAAGUAA